GUGGUAGGAGGAGAGCUGGGACUGUUGGUUCACUCGCUGUGCUGCUGCUGCGCUGAAACCAGCACGUGUUUAAACCUCCACACAAACGCACAGAUCAACUUUAUCAUCGUGUUCCAGUCAGACAGAAGCGCAGCCAUGGUGAAACUCGCAAAGACCCCGAAGAAAGAAGUGAAGGAAGCAGCACCUAAGAAAAAGGCUCCACCACCGAAGCAGGUCGAAGAGUCCAGCGAGGAGGACAGUGAUGAAGAUGAUGAUGAAGAGGCUCCACCACCACCCAAAGCAGCAGCUAAGAAAAACGCCACCCCCGCCAGAGCGGUGAAAAAUGGAAAAGCCGCAGCCAAGCAAGAAAGUGAGGAAGAAGAUUCAGACGUUGAUGAUGAUGAUGACGACGAAUCUGAGGAGGAGCCUCCAGCACCCAAGAAGGCCACUCCUGCUAAAGCUACCCCUGCUAAAGGAGCUAAAGCUACACCAGCUAAAGGAGCCAAGGCGACACCCGCUAAAGCCGCUCCUGCAAAGAAAGAAGAGUCUGAAGAUGACGACGACGAAGAUGACGACGAAUCGGAAGAGGAGGAAACGCCUCCCCCAAAGAAAGCCACUCCUGCUAAACCCGCCGCCAAAGCUGCUCCCGCCAAGGCUGCGGCUAAAGAGGAGUCCGACGAUGAUGACGAUGAGGAUGAUGAGGAGGACAUGGACACGACUCCUGCACCAGCCAAAAAAGCAGCUGUGAAAGCUAAGGAUGAAGACGAUGAGGACGAUGAGGAAGAGGACGACGAUGAUGAGGAGGACGACGAUGAUGAGGACGAUGAGGAAGCUCCUGUAACACCCGGGAAGAGGAAAGCCGAUGAGAAGAAGGAUAAAGAAACGCCGCCGGCCAAGAAAGCCAAAGCUGACGGAGAAACCUUCAGUCUCUUCAUGGGUAACCUGAACUCCGAUAAGAGCUUCGAGGAAAUCAAGGAAGCCGCCUCCAAGUUCUUCAAGAAGGAGGGUCUCGAUAUCCAGGACGUCAGACUCGGAGGGUCCAAGAAGUUCGGUUACGUGGAUUUCCACUCUGAGGAGGAUCUCCAGAAAGGUCUCGCUCUGAACGGCAAGAAGUUCCUGGGCCUGGCCAUCAAACUGGACCGGGCCAAGAGCAAAGAGGACUCGCAGGAGAGCAAGAAAGAGAGGGACGCCAGGACUCUGUUUGUGAAGAACCUGCCGUACUCCAUCACACAGGACGAUCUGAGGGAGCUUUUCGACCAGGCUAUCGAUAUCAGGAUACCCAUGGGUCAGAACGGUUCCAGCCGAGGAAUCGCGUACGUGGAGUUCAAGACCGAAGCCAUCGCCGAGAAGAUGCUGGAGGAGACGCAGGGUUCGGAUGUUCAGGGCAGAUCCAUCAUGGUGGAUUUCACGGGUGCGAAGAGCCGACAGGGCGGCGCUGGCGGUAAAGGACCGACUUCUGGACCUGCUAACAAAGUCCUGGUGGUAAAUAAUUUAGCGUUCAGCGCCACAGAGGAUUCUCUACAGGGCGUGUUCGAGAAAGCCACGGCCAUCAGGAUACCACAGAAUAACGGCCGGCCCAAGGGCUACGCGUUUGUGGAGUUCGACAGCACAGACGACGCCAAGGAGGCGCUAGAGAGCUGCAAUAACACCGACAUCGAGGGCAGAUCGAUCAGACUGGAGUACAGCCAGAGCAGAGACGGUGGAGGACGAGGAUCAGGUCCCUCUAAGACGCUGUUCGUCAAAGGCCUGUCAGACGAGACGUCGGAUCAGUCCCUGAGAGACGCCUUCGAGGGAGCCGUCGCCGCCAGAGUGGCCACAGACAAGGACACCGGAUCGUGUAAAGGGUACGGCUUUGUGGACUUCGACAACGAGGAUGACUGCAAGGCGGCGAAGGAAGCCAUGGACGACGGCGAGAUCGACGGAAACAGAGUGACCCUGGACUUCGCCAAGCCCAAGGGCGAGGGCGGACGGGGCGGCGGACGAGGAGGAGGCUUCGGGGGCGGUAGAGGAGGCCGAGGUGGAUUCGGAGGAAGAGGCGGCUUCGGAGGACGGGGAGGCGGAUUCAGAGGAGGACGAGGAGGUUUCGGAGGAAGAGGCGGCGGACGGGGAGGAUUCCGAGGAGGACGCGGUGGAGGCGGCGGCGGCGGAGGAGGAGGACCAAGACCUCAGGGGAAAAAGAUCAAGUUCGAUGAUUAAAUCUUUUUUUUUUUGUUUGUUUAUUUUAUACUUCCUGUUUGAACGGACUGUUUCUGUACGAAUGUUUUUGGACAUUCCAGCGUGUUGUGGUGGAGCGUCCCAUCUCAUCUGCUCGAAAGCUUCUGAAAUGUCCCUCAUCCAGACGCUUCACGUGUUCCCUCUUCAGGGGGGAGAAGGUUGGAAUGUGAAUAAAGCUCUGUUGGGUUUUGUUUUUACUUUUUCUUUUCUCUUCGUCGUUAAAAUGAUUUAUCGUCCUGGAUUAUUAUUUUGAUUUGUUUCUUUCUUUUUUUUUAUGUUCGGUUUGAUUUAGGUGCCUGUUUUAUCGUAACUGUACAAAGCCUGUUGUAAUGAACAAACGAUUAAACACACCCAAACUGUUUUUUGGGGCUUUUUGAACCUGAGUAAGACGUGUAGUGUCCUGAAUCGGUGUCCCCCGCGUGAGUGUGGAGGCGUUUCUGUUCGAAACGUCUCGCUUUAUAGAGUCUGGAUUCUAUCCAACUGUAUCUGCUGAUGUUUUUCUGUUGGAAAUCCGAGUGAGACGCGUUUUUGAAUAAAAAUUAUUUGUAAAGUC